CAUAGACACAACCUGGACAUGAAGCCACGAUGACUGGAUGCCUGAACCCUCGGUAGCCCAUCUUGAUGGAGUUUGCCAGUCCACGAUGGGCCGCCUACGAUGACACCAGCGCUCUGCGGGAGACGAGCUCCUCCGACGCGACAUAUGCCGUGAGCGCACAGUAUGCAGCCUACGCCAAUCGUAGAGGCGUAUUUGCCCGGAAACUCACCACCAACGAGCACUACAAACGUCUCUUCCGCUACGAUGAUGAUCGUCCUUGGUUUCAGCCGCUCCUGGCCUUUUCAUCCAUCCGAGGCAAACUCUUGGCCAUCGCGACCGGCGUGCAGAUUCUCAUUUUCGAUCUCGAAACCAAGAAAGUGAAGAACGUUUUGAAGGGCAAUGGCAGGAUCAUCACCUCCCUGGCCUGGGCCGAGUCGAAACCCGGGAUCCUCGCGACAGGUGCUGUGGAUGGCAGCAUUUGCGUCUGGUCGCUCAAACAGUCUGCUCGGCCACUUCAUCACGCUCGAACCUUGCACAGCGCAUGCACCCACGUCGCUUUCCACCCCAAGAAUCACGAGCUGAUCGCCAGUUGCCACAAGGGCCGCGUAUCUGUCUGGACACUCCCAUCAACCGCGCCGUUUCUUGUUAGCAAGUCGAAAGAUACUGACAUUAGUGCUCUGCGCUGGUUUGCCACGGAUCCCUCCCGUGUGCUGGGCAUCUCUACUACUGGCUCGGUGUCCAUCUAUGACGUGAAACGGGCACUCCUGAACUUCGAAAAGACUCCACGUCGUGGAGCUGGCGAUGGCACAAACGAAGACGGCCUCUUCAGAAGUUUUGAAGAUGUCAAGUACACACCGGCCUCAACAUUCGAACUGGGCCUGAAAAUCAGCCAAGCCACCCUCAUCGGACGCAAUGGCCUCAUUGUUCUUCCACGAUAUGGCCAUAUACUCUACUUCAUCACAUUCUUCGCCGACAAAGAUGAGGCCACUGAGCUGUGGAGACUGCGACUGGAUGAUCUCAUUGACUGCUUCUCACUCCGCGUUCGCGAGAGCAGUGUGCAGAUUGUAGCUUGCAUAGGGGUCGAAACGCAAACUUAUGAUGUUCCGGUUGCGGUGUUGCACGGCAUGGGCUGGGACCAGUCCACCCACAAUGAUCAGUUGACAAACUACAACAAGGGCAGCUUUGAUCGCGCAGAAACCCGAGCUCGAACUAUGCGGCCUGAACAGAUUGCAUUCGAUCGUCUUAGUCACUCACCACCGCCAAGGAAGACUUCAGUGCAUGACCGCUCUCGACGUCCACACUUUGCACCCAAAGGACGCGAGGUCUCGCCAUCGACGAGGAAGGCGAGGACAACCCUCCAGUACUCACCGCUGCCAUCGAUGACUUCGAGCCUAGAACUCCCCAAACCUAGUGUAGAUACGGAUGAGCAAGACUCGCCAAUGCCAUUUCUCUCGCCCAGCAUCCCUGCUAGACGUACCUCCACCGGUCAUGCCAUUACACCUUUGGACGAGUCCAUUCGCCUUCCGCCGCGUGCAUCUUUCGACUCCAUUACAUCUACUGCCGGCCACGACAGCGACUCCGACGACGAGACUUUUGCCGAGCACAUGCAGGGCAGUGGCUCAUUCCUGCCCGGUGGUGUGAACGUCCCUCUGCCUCGCACUUGCGGUGCUUGCUUUGGUCCUAGCGGUCAGCUACUCAUGUUCUUCCCAACUCGUGUGCAACCAACAUCAGCAGACGAAGGGAACGACUUGGAAGAAUUUGGCACUCGUGGAAGACAGAACUCAGAAGUUACCCGGUUGUUUCCUACCUUCGGCAAUCUUUCCACGUUCUACCGCACCGACGUGGCGGUCGACUCCGACGGAAGCGUUUCACCCCACAAGCAAGUGCGUGCCGGGCCACGCCUCUCAAUGCCAACAUCGUCAUUUGGAGACACACGCUGGGCUGUCAAGGUCUCGCCAGUAAAAACCACUAACAGUGGCCUUCCGGUACAACAGAGAAUCAAAGUUUCGGUGCAUGAGGUCAAGUCAUUACAGUCUUCACAGCGAUUGGCGUAUGACUAUCGUAUCCUGCCGGCUGACGGCGAAUCGGCCUCUGCACUGUGCUACGAGAACGCUGAGUACGCGAUUGGUGCGAGUAUGGACGAGGCAGCGGAGAUGUGGCGUGCGUUGGCCAUUCUCCUUGAGCAGAGAAAUUGCAGCAGCUCUGACCUGGCAUUGCAUGAAGCCACGAGCAACCUACAGAAUCAGCGGCCCGCCUUAUCACGCAACUUGUCGCUGGCUUCCGACUAUGCCGAAAGUACUGUCGCGCCUGACACCAUCAAGCUGCACUGGCUGCAGCACCCCAUGGGAAAGACCUGGGCUGUCGACCGAAUCCUCCGCUGGGCUGAGAAGCAGGCUGACGUUCAACUACUUGCCUGCGUCUCAUCGCUCUUGAUCAAGGUAUGCGAGGUCAUACGCUCUGAACAUACUGGAAGAAAGAGCGCCUCUCUUGCACAGCACGAAUCAUAUGCAGGCUUCAAUGGACUUCCUGGCGGCAAGAUGGCUCUGAACAUUCCACUCCUCCGAACAGGGACCGAAUUGACUGAAGCCAGUCUGUUGGAUGAAUCUCCGGAGAAGCCGUACAGCUCGCGCACUUCCUCUCGCGAUCCUUCUUUGCCGACGACGCCAUAUCUGGAGUCAUCAGCAAGUACCCCUCCACUUGCAUUGCCAUAUUUCAACAGGCAUAGCACGCGAGUGUCUGCAUCAGGAUCCGCAAGUCCAGAAACUCAUCGAGGAAGUAUCAGCGCAGCAGCUAAAUACUAUGCGCAGACCCUUUCAGAUAAAUUGGCAGGGUACAGUACUUCACCGCCUGCCCGGAAAUUGGGCACUAGUCCGGGAAAUGAGCUUUCGACAAGUUUGCCUACUGCAACAGGUAGCUGGAGCAAGUCCGUCUCGUUUGCUGCAGCUUCUGACGCAGCUCGUGAUGGUCGUCACAGCUUGAGUCUCACGCGGGACGAAGAAGCAUACGAUAGCGAUCGCACCAUCGACGAACUGAGCUUGCCUCGCACUCCAAAUCCAGGUGCUGGAGUCACAGUUCGUGAACUCAAUGGCCAGAGCUUUUGGAACGAUCCUUUCGCGUCCCCGGGUCUGCCGUCACUCAUGCCAAAUCACUUCGCGACGAAGUGCAACAUCUGGCGCAGUCAUUAUGCCGAACAGCUUCGAUCAUGGGAUCUCAUAAUCGAAGCAGCCGAGCUGGAAAAUGUAUCGGAUCUUGCUGGUGCAAAGCCUUCCGCACCUAAACCUCCAGCUGGCGACAAAGUGCUUCCGCAGCUUGACGCGCAUUGUCGUGGUGCGACAUGCUCCAUAUGCUUUUGUGCGAUCAAAGCUGCCAAACAGCUUUGUCCGGCUUGUUUACACACUACCCAUCCAUGGUGCCUCGAGGACUUGCUGGCGCAUCUCGAUGCGGACGAGGCGGCUUUCACGUGUCCCACAGGAUGUGGGUGUCAAUGUCUCGAGCAGGCCGAUGUACAGUUUGUGCUGGAGGACGGACUCAUUGCCGAAGAGCGGGAAGAAUCUCUCGCUGAUUCGGGCUUGAGAGCCCAGUUUGCGAAGAAGAGAAGUCUGACUGAUCCUAGACUUUUGCGUGAGAGGUUAGAAGGCAAUUCCUGGUGAUUGCUUCUUCCGCGAAUGCAGCAAAUGGGGUCUCAAGCCAUUGACUCAAAUCCGACCGUUAUCGCUUUGACCAACAGCACUUCUUUUGCGACGUUUGCAGACCGUUGCCACGUUCUGUCCAAUUUGAGAUCUGACCACAUGACGAACGUCGUUGACGGAACGUCUUGGCCAUUGCGCCGCUCCAAUUUCCUGCAAUGGUCGAUGCUAUGAGACCCUGGAGUUACAUACUUGCUUUCUCUGGUACGCGUUUCUCGUCGUACGCGUUUGCGUGUGGGAACGUAGAAAAGCUCAACCUCGCCGUUCUCUCGAGCAAGCUCAGCCCUGCGGAAUGUUCUCAACGAAUUCGCCCGUCACUGCGACAAAUUUUUACAGUCCUUACCAGGACAUGUCGGCUCGGUUACAGAGCAAAUGGCUGAAGGAUUGAUGAAAACGGCAACUUCCAUAUGCCACACCGCGGUAGGCUGACGAUGGGAUCUGUAAAGAGCUGGAGCACCGUGCCAAGCAACAUCGAUCUCAAUUAUUGUCCCGCUUCUGGAUGCAGGAACGGAGCCACCGAGCCAGGUACAGCAUCUGGAUCUACUGCUUGGUACAGUCACAAGACAGUCGAGCAAAAUUGGCCGCGGGCGGACUGGAACACUCCUACUUUGAGUCUCAGCCCGAGUGCCACACGGAGCGACCCAGCCAAUAGCCGGCACUAGCG